GGCGAGAAGAGGUGGGCGCCGCCCCCCGGGAACUGAGCUCCGGAGCGGCGCGGACUGCCAUCCCGACGAGGGCCACGCGGGGGCGCCAGGACGGUGCGGACGCGUGCGAGGCAGCGCACGGUCGUGGUUUCGAGUGCGGCAGAGGCGCGGGCGCUGUCCAGCGUGCUGAAGCCGGAGCAAGCGAACAGCCGGGAGUCGCGUCGACCGAGCGGAGCCCAGCCCCAGCGGACGUCAGAUCUCGCCCGUCGCCCGUACCCCAGCCACCGCUCCGAGCCGAGGCGGACGCGUCCCGAUCGUCCCCUGUCCCCACCCCGUCCCGACCCUCCUCUCCACUUCCCGCGUCGUGAGACCAGCUGUCUCCGGCAGUCCUUUGGCCAUGAAACUGUUCAGGCUGCCGCCUUCCGCCCUCUUCUGCUUCCUCCUACUGAUCCAGGGGCUGGGGGCAGCGCCCCCGGGGCACCCUCCCCUAGGCUCUGAGCAUAAAGAGCCGGUAGCUGGCAAUGCAGCACCCGGACCAAAGGCGGUCAGUGUCCCCGAGGUCCGAGCCGCCCGAAAUUCAGAGCCCCAGGACGAGGGAGAGCUUUUCCAGGACGUGGAUCCCCGGGCGCUGGCCGCGGUGCUGCUGCAGGCGCUCGACCGCCCCGCCUCGCCCCCGGCGCCCAGCGGCUCCCAGCAGGGGCCCGAGGACCCCGAGGCAGAAGCGCUCCUGACCGAGACCGUGCGCAGCCAGACCCACAGCCUCCAGGCGGCGCCGGAGCCCCCGGAGCCCGCGGCCCCGCCUCGCCCCCCGACUCCGGAGAAUGGUCCCGAGGCGGGCGACCCCUCGGAGGAGCUGGAGACGCUCGCUGCCCUGCUCCAGGAACUGAGAGACUUCAGUCCGAGCAGCGCCAAGCGCCAGCAGGAGACCGCGGCCGCGGAGACGGAGACGCGCACGCACACGCUGACCCGAGUCAACCUGGAGAGCCCCGGGCCGGAGCGCGUGUGGCGCGCCUCCUGGGGAGAGUUCCAGGCGCGCGUCCCGGAGCGCGCGCCCCUGCCGCCCCCAGCUCCCCCGCAAUUCCAGGCGCGGAUGCCCGAGAGCGGGCCCCUUCCCGAAGCCCACCAGUUUGGCGAAGGCGUGUCCUCCCCCAAGAUACACCUAGGCGAGGCACUGGGACCCCUGUCCAAGGCGUACCAAGGCCUGGGCGUCCCCCUUCCCAAGGCGCGCCGGCCCGAGGGCUCCCUCCUGGGCGGCUCCGAGGCAGGGGAGCGCCUCCUACAGCAGGGGCUGGCGCAGGUGGAGGCCGGGCGGCGGCAGGCGGAGGCCACCCGGCAAGCCGCGGCGCAGGAGGAGCGGCUGGCCGACCUCGCCUCGGACCUGCUGCUCCAGUAUCUGCUGCAGGGCGGGGCGCGGCUGCGCGGCUUGGGGGGUCGCGGGCUGCAGGAGGAGGAGAAGCAGCGCGAGAGCGAGAGGGAGGAGGAGGAGGAGGAGGCGGAGCAGGAGAGACGCGGCGGGGAGGACCGGGUGGGGGAAGAGGACGAGGAGGCGGCGGAGGCGGAGGCGGAGGCGGAGGAGGCGGAGAGGGCGCGGCAGAACUCGCUGCUGUUCGCCGAGGAGGAGGACGCUGAAGCCGGAGCCGAGGACAAGCGCUCCCAGGAGGAGACGCCCGGCCACCGGCGGAAGGAGGCAGAGGGGGCAGAGGAGGGCGGGGAGGAGGAGGACGACGACGAGGAGAUGGACCCGCAGACGAUCGAUAGCCUCAUCGAGCUGUCCACCAAACUCCACCUGCCCGCGGACGACGUGGUCAGCAUCAUCGAGGAGGUGGAGGAGAAGCGGAAGCGGAAGAAGAACGCCCCUCCCGAGCCCGUGCCGGCCCCCCGUGCCGCUCCCGCCCCCACCCACAUCCGCUCUCCGCAGCCCCCGCUCCCCGCCCCGGCCCCCGCUCGAGACGAGCUGCCCGACUGGAACGAGGUGCUCCCGCCCUGGGAUCGGGAGGAGGACGAGGUGUUCCCCCCGGGGCCCUACCACCCUUUCCCUAACUACAUCCGGCCGCGGACACUGCAGCCCCCGGCUGCCUCGCGCCGCCGCCACUACCACCAAGCCCUGGCGCCGUCGCGCCACUAUCCCAGCCUGGAGGCCCAGGCGCGGCGCGCGCAGGAGGCGGCGGCGGCGGAGGAAAAGCGGCUGCAGGAGCAGGAGGAGAUGGAGAAUUACAUCGAGCACGUGCUGUUCCGCCGCCCGUGACCCGCCCCGCCCCCGCGCGCCGCCGCCGCCGCCGCCGCCGCGCGCGCCACCGCCCCCCUCCGUGUCGCUCCUCCCCCUUGGUGUUUGCAUGCGCCCGGCCCCGCCCCGGCCGCCAGGCCCCGCCCCGGCUCCGCCCACAA